AAAAAGAUAUAAUAUAAGUAUUAAACAUUUGUUCACCGUUCACUCUGCGACACACACACACAAGACACAACUAUGGAGCUCGUCACAACUCUGGCCAGCUGGUUAACGCCGACGACUCUCUUCCUCCUCCUCAAUUUCACCAUCGGCACCAUUUUCUUCACUAACAAGUUCGGUCCCUGUUCCAAGAAACACCAACCGCAUCAAGAUGGGUUCGGUUCAGGUCAUAACCAUUCUCAGGCGCGGUUAGCCAGACCUCCCUCGUUCGUAGACAGAGUCAAGUCCAUCAACUUCAGUCUCUACAACUCUCCUUCCCAUGAAUCCGAGAUCCACUUCCACGGGUCGGAUUCUAACCCGAACCCGCCUCUCUCUCUCCUGCAACGGGUCAAAUCCUUCAACAUGCCUUCCUUCAAGUUCCCGCAACACAAUUCAGAGGGAGACUACGCUGCUUACGCACUCACGACCCCACCCGAAGAUACGAACCGGGUCGACCCGAUCGACAAGAACUCGGAAGAUAACGUUAACGUACCGACACAACCUAGACCCGGAGGUCCAUCUCUCUUGCAGCGGGUAAAGUCCAUUAAACUCCCUUCAUUGUAUAGAUCAGAGCCAGAACAGAGCUCCGAAGAGAAAGCGCCGGAGAGGACGAAGUCGGAGUCGAGUAAGCCGGCGACGAAGAGUAAGAAGAAGAAGGCGGCGAAGAAGAUGACGAGAUCCGCUAGCGAGAAAGUCGGCGUCGGGUGCAUUGGCCGGGAGGAGGAGACGGUUGAGGCAGUGGAGAAGAGGCGCCCGGAGACGACGAGAGUCGAGAGGACGACGUCGAUCGAUGAAGGAGAAGAAGGUGUCGACGACAAAGCUUCCGACUUCAUCAACAAGUUUAAGCAGCAGCUGAAACUACAGAGGCUAGAUUCGUUUCUCAGGUACAGGGAGAUGCUCAAGAACACUUGAACUUUGAAAUUUACGGUUUUACCCUCUUGUCGGAAUGGAGUUUCUUGUGGGGUCUACUUGGUUAAAAACGGAAUACCCUUGUCUGAAGGGCUUUUUGGUCAUUUCGACACAUAAUGCUUGUCUUUAGAUUUGGUGAUGACUGAUGACAAACUAGUAGUUUUGUCGUGUUCGUAAUUUCUAGAUCUGGCUUCUGCUGCA